AUGGGUGCUCGCGGUUGGGCGUGGUGGGUGGCGUUGCUGGCAGGCGUAGCUGGAGCCCGGGAGCUGGACCCGGCGGCGUGCGCAGCGCGUUUUGACGUGCAGCGGGAUAAGAUCAUCCGCACCGAGGAGUCUCGUGAGAUGGGUGCGCGGUACCUAUCGGAGCUCGACGUCGGGGCGAGACACGAGUGUUUGCGGCUCUGCUGCGAAACUGAUGCUUGCGAUGUCUUUGUCUACGAAGAGAAGGGACCCGGCAGUUGUUACCUGUUUAACUGCGGCCCACCGGAAGACUUCCGCUGCAAGUUCACGGCGCACACCAACUUCAGUAGCGGCGUCCUCGCGCUGAGCCGCCGCCUCGCCGAGCUCCAGGAUCAGGAGCGGCUGGCGCACCAUGAGCAGGAGCUGGCCAACUUGCGGAGUGUUACAAGCAGCACGGCAAGUACAACAGCGGCGACGACGCCCGCGCCUGCGCCGCCUCCGCGACCCACACCGACGCUGGAUAUUGGCCGACAAACAAGCCACUGCAGUCAUUAUCAGUUCGAGUGUCGACAUGGGAAGGAAUGCAUUGCGGUGUACAAUGCUUGCGACGGGGUGGCCCAAUGCGCCGAUGGCAGCGACGAAGCGCCGGAACUGGGCUGUCCGCCCCCCCAAGCGCCGCGAGCACCGCCACCUCCUGUAGCUGUCCCGGUGCAGACAUCGCGAACUACACCCCCUCCUACAGCCGUACUCAAGCCGUUGCAGGAGAGCGUAGAGCCGGGUGGCGGCGGCGAGGGGUUGGUAGCUAGUGAUACCGGCGCCCUGUCCGACCGUUGGCCGCACCGCCUUGCGCAGGCGCAGCCGCAGCAUCGGUACAAUGACGGAGCGAGCCCCCACAUCUUUAGCCACAAGGGAGGUCUACUGCAGGAGCCGGAAGGUGCCGUGCAGUUCCCGCCAUUCGAAGCACCCUGGCCGCGUCGUGCCUGGCCUGCGCAGUCUCCGCCGUCCGGAAUGGACGGGAUUUCUGGGGAGCGCGGUUGGUCGGGUGGCGGGUACCCGCGCGUGGAUUGGCCAGAGCCGGACCCGCGUCGAGCCUGGCCAGUUCCACCACCUCGCUCCGACCAGGAGAUUCCUGUCUACAUUCCUCCGAAGACGAUGCCUGAGAUACCAAUAGAAUAUUCUAGCCAGCAGCAUACGCUGCGCGACAGUCCCAAGAAGGGCUUCGAGCUGCUGACGAAAGAUACCAGCGAGCCGCCGCCCCAUAUCGUCAACAACGACAUAGACCAACGAGAAGAGGUGAAACCACCGCCUGUUCAGAACACCACCAAGAAAAAGGUGGUCAAAGACAAAACGGUACAAGCGAGCAAGCCGUCAGGAGAUGGCGUCGAGAAGAAGCCGAUCUCGAUGGUGACAGCGCAUCAGCACUACGCGACGAUGGAUGACCACGACGGGCUGAGUGAGCACUCGCCCGCUGCUAUGAUGCUACUGGCCAUCGGCAUGGUGCUAACGACACUGAUGGCCGUGAUGCUCGGGUGCCGAGUGCGCGCGGCUCGCCGCCGGCAGCGCCGCGGCAAGUCGCCCUUCGCUCACGACGCGGACUACCUUGUCAAUGGCAUGUAUCUCUGA